AUGCCUGAGGUGGCAGCUGCGGCUAAGGGCAGUGUGUCUCAUAAGGGGUCGAAGCAGUUGCUGACUAAAGUCACCAAGAAACAGAGGAAAUCUCGCAAGCUGAGCUAUUCCUCUUACGUGUACAGGAUGCUGACCCAGGUCCACUCUUCCACCUGGAUCUCGCCCAAGGCCAUGAGUGUUUUGGACUCCUUCGUUGUCAACAUUUUCGAGUGCAUUGCCUCCAAGGCCUCGGACAUCAUUCACUACAGCAAGCGCCACACCAUCUCGGCCAGGGAGAUCCAGAGAGUCGUCUGCCUCAUGCUGCCAGGGGAACUGGCCAAACACGCCGUCUCUGGAGGCACCAAAGCGAUCACCAAAUACACCAACUCUUUUUAG